GUGCAUAACCACGACCCUUCCUCGACCAAAGGAUGUCCCGAGGGAUGUCCGCAGAGGAAUCCAACGCUGGUUCUGUAAUUCCAGACGUAGACCCUCCAGCAGCUUCAGUUUACGAUCCACCACCUCCAUACCCAUCACAAGAACGCCGCUCACGCACGACUCGACAUAGUCGGAGGCAUCGCUUACCAGCGCCAUUAUCUCCCCAACCGCCAUCAGAUUUAGAUCGUGCUGCAGGAUAUGUGUCCCCUCAAUUAUUAGUCUCAACUCAUUCGUUUCCACGCACGGAAGAUGCCACAGAGCAGACACCACUUCUUGGUGAUUCCCUGCUAGGCUCCAUCCAGCGUGCGUCGGGACGUCAAAGGACAAAUUCGCAGUCGAGCACAAUUGUUUCAUCGAAUUCGUUUGCGCCCUCUCUAGCGCAAACAGUGCUUUCUCUGCUCCAUUCCGACCCUGAUGACGAGUCUGACGUGGACACAUAUGAGGCGCUCGGGGAUGACCGUGACAACCCGUGUGCACACAAUGGUCCUCAGAGGCGUCGCCAAAAUGCUGGCACCUCCAUAGAAUCACAUUCGGGAAGCUCGCAUCGGUGGCCGCUGUUUUCUCGGCGCUGCUGGUCUCGUUACUUCCGACCCAUGACUCGCAGAGCAUAUCAUGCGGCUGCAUUCCAUCUUCUUGCGCUCAACUUUCCCUAUGCCCUUCUUGCGUGGGUUUACCUUUUUGUAUUCACUUUGACUGGUACAACAUUAUUAAUAACCUUACCUUUGGGUGCUCUUCUAUGUUUUCUUGAUUUGCUUGGUGCCAGGGCGUUUGCGAGGGGAGAACUCGCUCUCCAAACAACGUUCCAUGGGCCUCUUGCUUACCCACCUCCCUAUCCGCCCCGACCUAUCUUCCAGCGGGUGCGACCGCCACUGUCAUCUGACGUAGAGUCUGGAUCACCAUACCACGAAUCUUCAUUCUACAAAAACACGUACGCCAUGUUCACGGACUGGACAUCCUAUCAGGCGUUAUUUUACUUCUUGGUUAUCAAACCAAGUAUCACGCUGUUCCUAACUAUCUUUCUGCUGGUAGUGGUCCCCGUGUCGUAUGUGCUGGUGGUUCCCGCGCCAAUGGUUCUCAGAAUUGUUCGGAAGCUGGGCAUAUGGCAGGCCAAUGUUGCUGUAGAAGGAUUAUACUUAGCGGUGUCGUGAUUCUUAAUUCAGUUUGCUAAUGAGUGUACAUGUAUCUACAGUCUACUGCACGUAGAUGUUACCUUUUCUCAGACAAGUUGGCAAGCUGUGAA